AUGUCUGGUCGCUGCCUUUCUCACUCUGUCCUCGCGCCUGUUGCUCAUUCACUACGGCGUCGCUCAGCGAACACUCUCCUCAAUGCUGCCCGUCGCUUCUCAACCCUCACCAUCCCUCCGUUCGCCCCCGAGUUCCACCUGUCACACUCAACGCUAUCUGCUGCUUCGUCCUCAAAUUAUAAUGCAAUAACUUAUGCUCGAGAAUCAAGACUAACCGAACUUGUUAAUGCUUUGGACACUCAUAAAAGCCCUUCCAAUGUAUGGACCGGAUACACCAACCUUCUCAGUGUCGCUGGAAGCGACUACCUUUCCCUUGAGUUGCACCAACGCGUACUCCGUGCGUGUACCCCCUCGACAGAAGAGCUGAAAGCCGCGAUUGUGCGAAGACUCAGUGCUGGAAACAUUCCGAAAGUACCCCACAUCCACGAAAUUCGCUUCCAGACCGUCAUCCAAAAUAUUCGGGGUUUAGGUCUUCAGCCGGCAUUGGAUGACUACAACUUUAUUCUGGAGCAAUUCGCUGCGGUUGGACAUUACGAAGGCUGCUUCCAGGUAUAUAAGGAGCUCACGCGCUUAGGACAUGUACCAACGACGCAAACGUUCAGCGAAUGUUUCCAGUCAAUAGCACAACGCUUCAAACUACCCAUGCAGAAGGUGAAGCGUGAAGCAAUAUCCACACAAAUGCAGGACAUAUUUGCAAUGUACGUGGCUGACAUGCACAAGCACAGGGUGCCUAUGGACGCGACUUGUUUCGACUUCGCCAUACGUGUUCUCAAGCAAACCUUGGACCUACCCGGAUUCGAGGCGCUCAUGCGCUGGGGAUACGCCAUUGAUCUUUCCAACCCGGACCGCGUCGCGCUGGAGUAUACAGAUCCAGUGAUGUCGGAUCCUCCUCUUACACCCUUGCCCUUCACGACCAGAGCCCUUAACACCACGAUCGACAUGCUCGCCCGCUUUGGCGAUAUCUCCAAACUCGUGCAAGCAUUUGAAGUCCUCACCCAACCGUUACCCCAAGCGAGUCAAUACUUCUUCGACUCAUUUGAAGCCGACGAAGAUGACGACUUCGGCGUAAGGGUCGACGUUGCCUCCCGUUUUCCGCCCCCAUACGCCACCCCAAAUACCGCAACAUAUUCCCUGCUCCUGCGGUGCAUCUGUAGAUCAGGGCACGCAGUGCUUGCACGACAUUAUCUUAUUCAGGCACGACGCCUCGACCGGGCAGUUGCACACGUCCUCAGAAACCGUGUAUCAGCACUCGUCAACUCAAGGCGAAGCCUAGCGACUGUGCCUGCACCAGAUUUUGCUGUUAACCAAAGUAUGCUGGUCUCGGUGUUGGGAGAGGGAAAUAAGGACAAAGACCUUGGCCUCCUGAGGUGGCUCCAAGAUAAACUGCCAUAUAUCAUCCGCAGGCAGAAGGCCGACCUCGACUACUACGACUCAGUAGUGCGUAAUCAUAGGGACUUGCUACCAAAAGAGAGUCCUACAUCACCUCCGACCGCACCAGCCGAUGCCGAUGCCGAAACGGCAGCGCUUGUGCAACCAGCUCGCGUCAAAUAUUUUGACCCGAAUCUCCACGUCGCCUUCCUCAGACGAAACGUAUCCGAGCUGCAGAGCUUCUCAGGACGCAUUGAAUUUGUAGUUGGACGGACACAUCAGCGGAUUAAGGAGAGACUCGGGCGGCGUGUCUGGCAGGAGAAAGAUGUGUACAUCGCUACGGAAAAUAGACGAGUGAAGAUAUCGAAGGCACACUGGAAGCAAACUGUCAACUUCCAACCACGGACGGAUACAUUCAAGGACCACCUUGUGAAUCGCAGACCGUGGUUGCCAGCUCAUGCAGACCCUCAAAAAAGACGAGGUUUAAGGCGUCCGUCACACAGCCGACCAGACCCCGAUUCUGAACCAUAG